GCGAUGCCUAUAUAAAAGGCCGCCGCAGUUGGUACGCAGUUAGAACAAGUCGCCUCUUGCUUGUGUGAAUUUGUUGCUGUCUGCUAGGGCCCACUCGAGCUCCGCCAGAAAAUGCAGAUCUUUGUCAAGACCUUGACCGGGAAAACCAUCACCCUAGAGGUGGAGCCCAGCGACACCAUUGAGAAUGUCAAGGCCAAAAUCCAGGAUAAAGAAGGCAUUCCUCCCGACCAACAGAGAUUGAUCUUUGCUGGCAAGCAGCUGGAAGACGGCCGCACUCUCUCCGACUACAACAUCCAGAAGGAGUCCACCCUCCAUCUUGUCCUGCGUCUGAGGGGUGGCAUGCAGAUCUUUGUCAAGACCUUGACCGGGAAAACCAUCACCCUAGAGGUGGAGCCCAGUGACACCAUUGAAAAUGUCAAGGCCAAAAUCCAGGAUAAAGAAGGCAUUCCUCCCGACCAACAGAGAUUGAUCUUUGCUGGCAAGCAGCUGGAAGACGGCCGCACUCUCUCCGACUACAACAUCCAGAAGGAGUCCACCCUCCAUCUUGUCCUGCGUCUGAGGGGUGGCAUGCAGAUCUUUGUCAAGACCUUGACCGGGAAAACCAUCACCCUAGAGGUGGAGCCCAGUGACACCAUUGAAAAUGUCAAGGCCAAAAUCCAGGAUAAAGAAGGCAUUCCUCCCGACCAACAGAGAUUGAUCUUUGCUGGCAAGCAGCUGGAAGACGGCCGCACUCUCUCCGACUACAACAUCCAGAAGGAGUCCACCCUCCAUCUUGUCCUGCGUCUGAGGGGUGGCAUGCAGAUCUUUGUCAAGACCUUGACCGGGAAAACCAUCACCCUAGAGGUGGAGCCCAGUGACACCAUUGAAAAUGUCAAGGCCAAAAUCCAGGAUAAAGAAGGCAUUCCUCCUGACCAACAGAGAUUGAUCUUUGCUGGCAAGCAGCUGGAAGACGGCCGCACUCUCUCCGACUACAACAUCCAGAAGGAGUCCACCCUCCAUCUUGUCCUGCGUCUGAGGGGUGGCAUGCAGAUCUUUGUCAAGACCUUGACCGGGAAAACCAUCACCCUAGAGGUGGAGCCCAGUGACACCAUUGAAAAUGUCAAGGCCAAAAUCCAGGAUAAAGAAGGCAUUCCUCCCGACCAACAGAGAUUGAUCUUUGCUGGCAAGCAGCUGGAAGACGGCCGCACUCUCUCCGACUACAACAUCCAGAAGGAGUCCACCCUCCAUCUUGUCCUGCGUCUGAGGGGUGGCAUGCAGAUCUUUGUCAAGACCUUGACCGGGAAAACCAUCACCCUAGAGGUGGAGCCCAGUGACACCAUUGAAAAUGUCAAGGCCAAAAUCCAGGAUAAAGAAGGCAUUCCUCCCGACCAACAGAGAUUGAUCUUUGCUGGCAAGCAGCUGGAAGACGGCCGCACUCUCUCCGACUACAACAUCCAGAAGGAGUCCACCCUCCAUCUUGUCCUGCGUCUGAGGGGUGGUUUUUAAACUUUCUGCUUGCUUACAACUGUUGAAGUAAACUUCACUGCACUUUGUUUCAAUAAAGCUGUUGGGAUUCCCAA